AUGGACGGUCAGAGGACCGAGCCAUCGCCGGACCCACACGUAGUUCUUCGUCAACUGAUACAGCAAGCCGAGGCCAGUACAUCCUCGUCAAGUCUACUUGCUGGCGACGCUGGCUCAAUCAUCAGCGCCGAGGAUGACUAUUCGAAUCUCGAGUCAGAUUCGAAUGGCUCGGAUGAUGUCGCCGCCCAUGGGUCAUCUUCACCACCUCCAUCAUCGCCGUCCGUAGCUGAAAGCGCUCGCCCACUCUCGUACGCACAGCUCGACGCAACGCUAGCAUCCAUCAACGCAGACCGACGCGAGCUCGCUACCCUUUUACAGCACAACAAGUACCUAUCUACAGCACGCAAACGUAAUGUCAAGCACGAGCGCUCGCUCCAGAGCUCGCUACACUUUCUAUCGAAGACGCGCGACGAACUCAAAGCUAUCCUCCACUCGCUCGACAUAGCCGACGUCGUCGAUGCCGAGGACCAGUCCCUCGAGGUCAUUCGAACCUGCAAAAAAGCACAGGAUGCGGCUGCUAUGUGUCCCUUCCGAGCGUCCAUGAUCCAGCAGAUCCCGUUGCUACGCUUACAGUCGAUCGAACGCGCCGAGUACGACAAUGCGCUAGGCUCGAGGCUGUGGCUCGAUUUCGAAGACGCUCAACUGCGUUCAGCUGUCAAGGCCGUCGCUCUCAAAGCGCACACCAUUGCUUUGAGUAUGGACCCUAGCUUCACGGGUGAUCCGCUGGCCGAGGCUGCAAAGCUGGACGAGGUUUCGGCGCUUCACUUCGCCGAGCAGAUAGACGCUGAAGACAGCAACGCAGCACUUGCUUCAACCUCUUCGAGUCUGGUAUCAAGCGCAAACAAAGGACUCGAUUGGCACGCUAUUGCUGCUCGAAUACCUACACGCACCAUGGAGGAAGUCAAGACCCGCUGGUACGGUGUGCUUCGACCCAGCAUCAACACCGCUGCCUGGGAGCAGCACGAGGUUGACGAUCUCAUCCGGAUCGCCACACCUUUCCUGGCCGCUUACCUCGCACGAGCACGUACAGAAGGCGCUCAAAGCUCGACGGAAACGACGGAAGCUUCCGGUUCAAUGGCAGCUUACGCACGCACCGCAACGCCAGCUCCCGUGCCCUGGCAAACUGUUGCUCAAGAGCUUGGCACCGGUCGCACUGCGCAUGCAUGUUUCGUCGCUUACUGCACUGCCAUAGUACAGCGCGACCAGCCCGACAUGACGCCGGCAGAGGACGACAACGUCAAGGAGCUCUUUUCGCUUUUUCGAGGCGCCUGGCGAUUCAUGGCGCUGCACUCUUCCACCGGUACCAACCUCUCCAUAUCCUCCUUCGUGCCCGGAUCAGACUCAAAAUCAACGACCGAUGUACGAAAUCCUCGCGAAGCCUCGUUGCUGGGCAAAGUGGGACGAGAUGCGCAACUGCUCUAUCGACGCUUUCGCAACACGAUCGAUCCAGCGCUUGCCACCGGCUUGUGGUCGCGUCAAGAAGAUCUCGGCCUGAUCCAUGCGAUUCGUGACGUUGGACAAGACAACUGGGCCGCUGUAUCGGCUCGCAUUCCCGGUCGCACUUCGACUCAGGCGCGCGAGCGCUGGCUACGCCGCCUCAGGCAGAUUGUUGCUCAAGCUGGUCCGGAUGCUACCGAUGAACAGAUCGCAGACCUGAUUGAAGGCAAGAAGAAGGUCAGGUGGACCGCCGAGAUGGACGCGUUGGUGCGUGAAUGCGUUGAUGAUGGCUGGAGGGCGAAGGAUGGUCAGACGUUUGCGGAUGUUGCGAGCUAUGUAUCGGGGAAGCUUGGGGUGCAGCUUUCGGAUAAGAGCGUCCGCGAUCGGAUCAAGGUUUUGCGUUCCAGUAAGCAGGGUCGUCGCGCUCAGGACGAUGCUAAGGAGGGCGCACCAGAUGGGAACACGAGGAAGAGCGAGGAGCCAACGCAGUCGGAAGCAGCAGAGCGCAACGAAUCUUUACCCAGCUCUUCUGCGGCGAACACCGUACCAGAUGCCAGCCAUAACCCAGCUCAUAAUUCCGACACGAAGCCAAAGACGCGACCACGCACUGCCAUUCUACCUGGUAGCAAGCGCCGCAAGCUUUGA